AUGGCGCCUUUACUUGCCAACUUGAUACCUCGCGGUUCUCAAUUCGAUCCGGCUAUAACCUCAAACGAAUUCAGGGUCCAAUGGUUUCACCCAAGCGAUGUGUUUAGUGUCCUGCUCAUUCUAGGCGGUGAUGUUGUCGCUCGCGCGUUGGCGCAACUCGCAGGUGGUGGACUGACACCUAUCACAUUCUCCUUCGGAUGGGUGGCUUAUUCUGUAUCUACGCUCGUCUCUGCCGUUGGCGAAAAUAAGCUGAUGCCACAGAGCCCGGAUUGCAAAUGCAUGGUUAUCAACGGCAAGAGUGGAUAUAUCAGGGAGAAUUCGAGUUGGAUUAUAGGCAGAAUCGUGCGCGAUUUUGAUGAAUGGAGCGACCAAAAGACCAAGGACAAGACCGACGACAUCUUGGACAAAAAGUGGAAAGAGAUGAAAGCCAAAAAGUCGGAUGCAAAGAAGCCAACAAGAGCUGGCCUUGUCGUUACUAUCUACAAGCCAAGUGAGAAACGACCCGCCGGCGUCGGAGAACGCGAUAUCAUCUACUGGAGCGGCCUCCUUAUCUUGAUAGUCCAGCUAGGAGUCGCAGCUAUACCCUGUGGACUUUUCGGUGAUUGGGGUAUCUUGUUGAUAACAGUCUGCGGUAAUGCGCUUGCCAUCGCAACAGGUCUUCUCCCACAAUGGAAGAAGGAAAAGUGGGCCUGUCGGACUAAGUCUAAGCAGACCUAUAUUCUCACAAGAGGCAACGGUUCCCAACAUGCUAUCGUUAUUCUAGGGAAUGAAAAUGGCUUGAACCUUGAGGAUUUGGCAUCGGGGCAGAGCAAUAUCGAUGUCUCAGCCAAGACGGUAACCCGACUUAUUCUUCUCAUACUGUCAACUCUCUGGGUUCUUCUUCUUAUCGUUGCAGCUGGUCUACAGAAGAACACUUGGUUUCUUCUUGCCAUUGGUGCUAUCGGCAUUGCUCAGAACGUCUUCGUCGCUGGUUGGAACCGGCGACCAGAAAGUUUUGGCAUCCCCCUGGAUUUUGUCGAGGUCUUCGGUAAGCCCGAAGUAAUGGGUACACUAUUUGAAGUCGAAGAGAACUAUGAGGGUUUGGGUCGGAGCAUGCUCGAUGAGUUUUACCCUGGGAAGCUUCGACCCGAUGAAAUUACGAAAUGGGCAGACUUCGAGAAUCGGGAGGCUCAAGCUCAAUCCAAAGCGCGUCAAGUUGAAUCUCCUCAAGCCCAAGCGAAAGCAACAGUUGAUGAGGAUUCAGAAUAA